UUCUCCUCAUUUUCAUCCAUAAAAAAGCACACAAAAACCCUAGCGCCGAUCUCCUCCGAUUCACAAAAAUGCCGCCAAAGUUCGAUCCUUCUCAGGUCGUCGAAGUUUUCGUCCGAGUCACCGGAGGUGAAGUCGGAGCGGCGAGCUCACUCGCUCCAAAAAUCGGUCCACUAGGUCUUUCGCCAAAGAAAAUCGGUGAAGACAUUGCUAAGGAAACUGCGAAGGACUGGAAGGGUCUCAGAGUCACCGUCAAACUCACCGUUCAAAACCGUCAAGCUAAAGUAUCAGUUGUACCUUCUGCUGCCGCACUUGUGAUCAAGGCUUUGAAGGAACCGGAACGUGAUCGGAAGAAGACGAAGAAUAUCAAGCAUAAUGGAAAUAUCUCGCUUGAUGAUGUUAUCGAGAUUGCUAAAGUUAUGCAGCCUAGAUCUAUGGCUAAGGAUUUGAGUGGAACCGUGAAGGAAAUUUUAGGUACUUGCGUCUCCGUUGGUUGUACGGUUGAUGGAAAGGAUCCAAAGGAUUUGCAGCAAGAGAUUUCUGAUGGAGAUGUCGAAAUUCCUGAGAAUUGAAGUGGCGAAUAGUGUAUAAUGUGAUUCCGUUUUGCAGGUGGAGGUUAAAUUCUGAAUUUCUCUCCAUAUAGUACUUAAAUUUGAAUUUUUGUCGUUCUGUUUUUGAUAGGCAUGUUAUCAGAGUAUACUUUUGGUAUCAUAUCUGAUGGGAAUACUCUGUCAGGCAAGCAUUUGAAUCUAUAUUUAGCUUUUUUUUGUUAUUUUUUGGAAUGCUUGUAGUGUUUUCUCAAUUCUCUUUACGAUGAAUGGUAGUCGAAUGUGCUGAAUAGCCUUUGUUUUCA